UGCAAAUAAAAGGAAAAGGAAAUGGGCUCUUUGCCCUUGGGCGAAUAAGAAGUGGACGCUUCCAUUAGGCCUGAUGUUCAAGUCCUGUUCGAUUGGAUCUGUUUUUGUCAGAUAUAUUUCCUGAAGGUUGCGUCGAACAAGAAUUUGAAUGGCGUUUCAAGAAAACAGAGCGAACCAGGUCGUGUGUACAGGGAUCUCCCAGAUCGUCCUGGGAUUUGGUGUGUUUGCCUUGACUUUUACCCUGAACAACAGGAGCAAUGACCUUGGGAAGAUUUUCGACACUGGUGUUACAUAUUGGGGAGCUGUUCCAAUCGUCGUCGCUGGAAGUUUGGGAAUAUUCGGGGGAAUAAGUGGCAAAUUCAUUGUGACAGGUCUAUUUCUCGCGGCUAGUGUCAUUUCGUGUAUUCUCGGAGCAAUCGUUGCCGCGUGCGUGGGAGUCGCGCUGACUGCGCGGAGAUCAGUGGGCGAAUGUGAGCACGUACAAUGUCCGUAUGACACAGAAUCAAUUCUGAUGAUCGCCUUGAUUAGCAUCUUGAUUUUGGAGUCUGCCAUUUCCCUGUCGGGCGUGAUAGAAUCAUCUCAGCUACUUUGCUGCGCUAUUUCGUACAAGAUUCCAUGGCGCACUACAUUCUGGGAAGAAAUUAAGAUGUCUGAUGGGUGCGUAUCGGAAUGAGGCUCUGUUCCAUCUGGUGUCUCGCAAGGUACCAAAUUAGGUCCCUGGCUUUUCUUGACUAUGAUAGACGAUUUAGCGAUCACCAACGCCUCCUUAUGGAAAUUUGUUGACGAUACGACGGCCUCAGAAGCUGUGAAGAAAGGUCACCCUAGUGGAGCUCAAAAUACGACGAACCAAGUAAUAGGGUGGUCGAAGAAAAACAGACUUAUACUAAACACAGACAAAUGCAAGAGCUGCGAAUUGGUUUCUCUUCAGUUCCAAGGGAUUUCGAUCCAGUUUCAAUAGAUGGUAAACACAUGAAAUUGGUUAAACAAGCCAAACUCUUGGGUGUUACCAUCUCCGAAGAUUUGGAAUGGAACGCUCACAUAACUGAGAUUACCAAGAAAGCAGCAAAGAGAACCUAUUUCCUUGUUCACCUAAAAAGAGCUCACGUUCCACUAAAAGACCUUUGCCUCUUUUAUACGGCACGUGUACGAUCCGUAAUCGAUUAUGCAGCACAAGUCUUUCAUUACUCUCUCCCUGAAAACCUCCACCAAGAACUAGAACGUAUUCAGGAAAGAUCCAUGAGAAUCAUUUGUCCUGGUAUGCAAUACGAACAGGCCUUAGCUAUUAUGAAUCUUUCAACUGUGAAAGACCACCAUGAAAAUAUGUGUACAGCAACAUUUCGCAAUAUAAUGAACGAUCCUCAGCAGAAAUUAAGUAAACUUUUACCACCCCGCUAUGUAAGCUCUCAUAGGUUAAGGCACGGGCGUACCUUUGCUUUGCCACUUUGCAAGACAAAUAGACUUAAAAACAGUUUUUUUAUUGCUUCGG